AUGCCGCAGCGAAGCACCGUCACGCGGGAAAGGCACAAGCGCCCGCGUCACGGUGGCGAAGAGAUUCGGAAGGUGAGUGCCACACCGCACCGCAGCGACAUGAUUACAGAUGAGAGCGUCUCCCGAAAUGAUGAAAUAGACGAGUCACAGGAGUCAAACUGUCUUCCGUCAGCAAUCUCCGCGGCGGCGGAGGCAGCAGACAUACAGAAUGAAUUGAAACGACAAUUCGACGCUUGCCAGCUAAUUGAGCGGGAUGUCGCCUCACUUCUGAAGCAGCGAGAGCUGUCAACCGUGGGGAUGGGCAGUAUUCUUUCACUGAGGAACAUCUCUCCAUAUGACGUUAUACGUCUUAACGUCGGGGACGAGACCUUUACUGUUCCUCUUCAGCUACUGCUCGGUAAAGAUGGUCAAGAAAACUAUUUCGACGUCCUCCUUGGAUUCCGUAGUAGUGGCACCUCCAGGGAUAAUGACGAUGAGGAGGAGGAGGCGGAUAAGAACAGACAGAGCCAAGUUGUGCAGCCUCCAUUGUUAGAUGAGACGGGGGCGCUUUUCAUCGAUAGAGACCCUGCCACUUUUCGUCUCAUUCUUAAUUAUCUUCGCGGUUACCGGAUGCUAACCAUGCUGAAUGAGGACCAGUUGUCGAUGCUCAAGACAGACGCACGGUACUUUCAAAUCCGUGGCUUGAUGGAUGAACUGGGUGAUCAAACUCCGGAGAGCGCGGUUAAGUUUCGGCCUGGACCAGGUGUGAAUCCUGAACGCAAUCGAUUCCGUGUUAUUUACGGUGUCGCUAUGGUCGGCAACCGA